UUCGAUAAGUCUCGACUGCGAACAACAAAAAUAUAAAGAAUAAUUCACUCGACGCAAAAUUUGUUUACGCUUUAGUGUCCAAUCAGACAACCGAAACAGUUGAUAAUUAACCAUUCCGCUGCAAUGGAUGCCACAUCAAGCUCAGCCGACAAGUUGGCAUCGAAAACGGCCAGCAGCAACUCGCUGGACAGCAGCUCAAAGUCAAGUUCGCUGGGCUCCAAACACGGCGCUGAAAACGGCCAACAAAGAGAUACGCCUUUUGUCUACUUGGACGGCGAAGAGGAUCAGGAUCAAAAGAACGAUGUCACCUAUGUGUGCCCAUAUCGCGGUCCGGUCUUCGGUGCCCUAACCAUCACCAAUUAUCGCCUAUACUUUCGUUCGCUGCCAUUGCGCGAUCAGGAGCCCCCAGUCGUUGUGGACGUGCCGUUGGGCGUGAUUGCGCGUGUGGAAAAAAUCGGUGGUGCCACGUCACGUGGCGAGAAUAGCUAUGGCAUUGAGAUCUUCUGCAAAGAUAUGCGCAAUUUACGCUUCGCACACAAGCAGCAGAAUCAUUCGCGUCGCACAGUGUUCGAGAAGCUGCAGGCCAACGCAUUUCCGCUCUCCUACAGCGGCAAACUCUUUGCGUUUGCUCAUGCCGCUGCAGCUGCUCAGCCGUCGACGGCAAAUGCAGCUGUGAGCGCCGGCUGGGAUGGCUGGGCGGUGUACGAGCCGUUGGCCGAGCUGCGUCGCCUGGGCGUGCCCAACGAUAUGUGGCGUGUCACAAAGAUCAACGAGUUCUACGGCAUUUGCGACAGCUAUCCGGCUGUGUGGGCCGUGCCAAAGGCAGCUUCUGAUGAUUUUCUGCGUCGCGUUGCACAAUUUCGUUCGCGUUGCCGUUUGCCCGUUCUAUCAUGGAUGAAUCCUCGCACGCAGGCAACCAUAACACGUUGCUCCCAACCUCUGGUCGGUGUCAGUGGCAAACGGAAUGCCGAUGAUGAGACUUAUCUGAGCUACAUUAUGGAAGCGAAUGCACAGUCCGAUAAAUUGACCAUUAUGGAUGCUCGGCCCAGUGCGAAUGCCAUUGCCAACAAGGCAAAGGGCGGCGGCUACGAAUCGGAGGAUGCCUAUAAAAACGUGGAAAUCAAUUUCCUCGACAUACACAACAUUCACGUGAUGCGCGAGAGCCUGCGCAAGGUGAAGGAGGCGUGCUACCCAACCACCGAUGACUCCAAAUGGCAGACGGCCAUCGAUAGCACAUUGUGGCUGAAGCACAUCCGCUGCGUUCUGGCCGGAGCCGUGCGCAUCGUCGACAAGGUGGAGACAAUGAGCACAUCUGUGGUGGUCCACUGCUCCGAUGGCUGGGAUCGCACAGCACAGCUGACGGCAUUGUCGAUGCUGUUGCUGGAUCCGCAUUAUCGCACCGUGCGUGGCUUCGAAGUGCUUAUCGAAAAGGAAUGGCUGUCGUUCGGUCAUAAAUUCCAGCAACGCAUCGGCCACGGCGAUAACAAGCACUCGGAUGCUGAUCGCUCGCCGGUCUUUCUGCAGUUCAUUGAUAGCGUGUGGCAAGUGAGUCAACAGUUUACCAACGCAUUCGAAUUCAACGAGCAUUUCCUCAUCACAAUUGUGGAUCAUCUGUAUUCGUGCCGCUUUGGCACCUUCCUGUGCAACACCGAGGCAGAGCGUGUGGCAGAGGAUCUGAAGCACAAGACCAUUUCACUGUGGACACACAUUAAUUCCUCACUGGAUCAGUAUUUGAACCCUCUCUUCCCGUCGUUCACCCAUGGCGCCGAGCUCGUGCUGCGCCCCAUUGCCAGCGUGCGUGCCGUGCGCCUCUGGAGGGGUCUCUAUUGCCGCUGGAAUCCCGGCUUGUGCACGCCUCAGCAUGGCUGCCAGCGCACACGCGAGCUGCUCUCGAAACAGGAUCUGCUCUUCAAGCACGUGAAUGAGCUGCGCCUGAAGCUCAACAAUCGCAGCAACAAUAUGCAGACGACCACACGACUGGCCUCGCCCAUGCAUUAGACUACGAAUUCAUGUAUUUCUCUAGCUAACUGCUCUAACUAACUAGUAUUCCCAUUUAUUAUAUUAACGACUAAUUAUACAUGGCAUUCAUGUAUUCACUAAUUAUGAAUUAUUUAAUCCCAAAAAUUAUGUGCAUAAGCGGUAAAACUAAAAUAAAUAAAUAU